CAGGAACCAUUUGCUGCGCUUGCUGCCUCAUAUCAUCGCCAUCACAGCACUCGAUAGUCAUCAGUCUUCUCGCCGACCCCCCGCUUUUGCCGCCGCAUUCGCCGCGCACACGCACCAGGCACCAGCCACCCAGCGGCUUUCUCUUCUUCGCCUCUUUCUCGUAACGUGAGGAGCGAGCUUUGAUCGCGAUGCCGCCAGCACCUCCCCCUCCUCCGCAACAUAUGCAGCACGGACCUCCCCCACCCGGCUCGUAUCCUCCUAUGCACGCCCCUCACCAUGCCUACGGUCAGCAGACGUCGCCCAUGCCGCCUCAUCCACAGGCGCACCCGCAUCAUCCAAUGGCCCCGCCACCUCCAGGCCCCAUCCAGAAUGGCAUGCGAGCCAAUGGCUCUGCCCGUCAAGUCUCUGGGCCACAAGAGAGGAGGGAGCGUGAAGCAGCAGCCGCAGCCGCGCAGCAUCGUGAGCAUCAAGCACAGGCAGCCGAAGCUCAGGCGCAAGCACAAGCUCAGGCGCAAGCACAAGCAGCUGCUGCCGCAGGAGGCGUCCCUGCUGGUCGAGGUGGAUCUUCCCAUGGUCCUCCCGACAUGCAACAGCCAGUCACCACGCUUCAGAAGCUGGCCCACGCUAAUGAGUCGGCGUGGAUUGCCAUCGGAUCCGCCGCCGAGGCUAUGGAAGACUCGGAGCGAGCUAUUGCCGCAUACGAGUGCGCGCUGCGACACAAUCCUUACUCUGUACCUGCUAUCAGCGCUAUUGCUGGAGUGCACCGUGGCAUGGAUCGCUUUGCCAAGGCAGUAGAGUACUUUCAGCGCGUGCUCAACGUCUUGCCAGAGAGCGGGGAGACGUGGGGAGCAAUGGGCCACUGCUACUUGAUGAUGGACGACCUUCAAAAGGCCUAUACCGCUUACCAACAAGCUCUGUACCACCUGCAGAAUCCCAAAGAGCCAAAGCUGUGGUACGGCAUUGGCAUCCUCUACGACCGCUACGGCUCCCUCGAGCACGCCGAAGAGGCCUUUGCUAGUGUCGUCAGAAUGGACCCCAACUACGAAAAGGCAAACGAGAUCUACUUCCGAUUGGGCAUCAUCUAUAAGCAGCAAAACAAAUUCGAGUCGAGUCUCGAGUGCUUCCGCUACAUUCUUGCGCACCCACCCAGGCCACUCACCGAGAUUGACAUCUGGUUCCAGAUUGGUCACGUCCACGAGCAGCAGGGUAGCCUCGCUCAAGCAAAGGAGGCCUACGAGCGCGUGCUCUCUGACAACCCUGCGCACGCCAAGGUUCUACAGCAGCUCGGAUGGCUCUACCACCAGCAGACUCCCUUCCAGAAUCACGAGCGAGCUAUUCACCUCCUCACCAAGAGUCUCGAGUCAGACCCCAAUGACUCGCAAGGCUGGUAUCUCCUUGGACGCGCUUACAUGGCCAGUCAGAACUACAACAAGGCGUACGAGGCGUACCAGCAGGCAGUGUAUCGCGAUGGGAAGAAUCCGACCUUCUGGUGCUCCAUCGGUGUCCUCUACUACCAGAUCAACCAGUACCGCGACGCCCUCGAUGCCUACUCGCGCGCCAUCCGCCUCAAUCCGUACAUCUCCGAAGUGUGGUUUGAUUUGGGAAGUCUCUAUGAGUCGUGCAACAACCAGAUCUCAGACGCCAUCGACGCCUAUGCUCGAGCGUUGGAGCUUGACCCGCACAACGACAACAUCCAGCAGCGCCUCGUGCUCCUUCGCAAUGCCGAAGCCAAUGGCGAGCAAGUGUCAUCUGCUCCCACGCCUCAAGAUGUGCACCCGACGGCGUAUGCCAACAGCGGCGGUGGACCUGCCGGCCCUCCCUCCCAGCUCGGCGGAGGCCCUGCUCCCGGUCAGUACGGCAUGGGUGGCCCACCUGGCGGCAUGCCGGGUGGCCCGCCUCUUCCCCCUGGCGCUACUCAUUCGCCUCCUCCUGGUGCACGGGAGCUGCCCGGCCCUGGUGGAAUGGACAGGGAGCGAGAGAUGCAGCAUCGCGGUCCUCCCCCCGCAAUUCCCAACAUUGACGAUCGCGGCAUCCGAGGCCCAUCACAGACGCCCUUUGCACCGAUGGAGGCCCCACCGAUGGGUGGACCAGGCAGUGCUAGAGCUUCCCCGACGCUCGCAAGCAGGCCGCCGUACCCUCCCCACCCGAGGAGCUCGCCUCGAGGCCCGCACACGCCGUCUUACCCAGAGCACCCGCCUCGCGGUAUGGACCAGUAUGGACGCCCGGUGGAAGCGGGAGACUGGCGUGGCGCUGGAGGACCUCCCCCACCUCUUCGCGCUGGACCGCCUCCUAUGGACGAGCGAUACGACUCGAGGGACAGUGGACCCGUCCCACCUGGCAGCUACGGGAACGGUGGAGGCGGCAUGCCCUACGACCCGCUAGACCGCUCUCGCCCUGCACGACGCUCAGACGGCAGUGUGAUCAGUGAGCGUGAUGGACCUCUGCCGCCUCCGCCUCAGCAGCAGGCUCAGCAACCACCGCCCGCUCACGUCGAAGCAGCAGUCAAGAGCAGCGGAGGUGCAGGGAAGAAGGGCGGCGCGGCAACUGCAGGACGCAAGUCCGGUGCUGGUGGUAAGGAAAGCGGGAAUGCUUCUCCUGCUGCGAGGUCGCGCAAGGCUGGUGGUGCGCUCGACAACUCGCGUGCCGCAUCUCCGCUCAUCGGCCGUAAGAGUGCGGCUGGUACGUCUAGUGGGCCAUCGAAGGCGGGUACCGCACCUGGGACGCCUCUGCGAUCCAAUGACGAGGAGAAGGAGGCAGCAGUGGCCGCCAAAGCCAACGCGUCUUCAUCGUCUUCUAUGCCUCCCUCCCGCAAGAUUGACGAGGACUAUGACGAGGGAGCUGCGGACGCCCUACUCGGCCUCGCAAGUGCAGCUUCCGCCUCCGCAGCUAUGCCUCCCCGUCCUACGCAAGCUGCAGCCUCAGCGCCACCGCCAGCUGCUGCUACUCCAGCGCCAUCCACGAAUGCGAAUGGGGCUACUGGGAGCGCAAGCAAUGCGAUGGAUGAGGACACUCCGUCUCGACCAUCUCAGCCUCCGGGAGCAUCCACAACCUCGCCCACAGGAUCUCUACUGGGCAAGCGACCGGCUUCGCCCCGUGAUGCUGACAAGGCGUCAAAGAGUGGAACGCCUGCUCCCGCCACUGAUGGUGCUGAUGGAGCUGCAACUGAAGCGAAGCAGAAGGCAGACGCAGAGAUGACAGGAGAGGAUGAGCAGCCUUUGGCGAAGAAGGCGAGGACGGGAUCAGCUGAGGCAGCUGCGGAUAAGGAGAGUGAGGCGCCCGCGGCGGCGUCGGCAGCAGCUGACAGUGCGGUCGCCGAGCCAAAGGAGAAGGAGAAUGAGACAGCGGGAGCGCCCGCGCCGGCACCAGCGGUCGAGGAGACGAUGAAGGAGGGCGCUGCCGCAAAAGCAGACGAUGCCACCGCAGCGGCAGCGCAGCCAGAUCAGCCUGCCGCGGCUGCGGUCGCGGAUAAGCAGGAGGAGAAGUCGGCCAAUGCUCCCUCCACCGCCCCCACUGAUGCAGCAAAGGAGGAAGGCGAGGUGGAGGGUGAGGAAGGUGAAGUAAAGGCAGACGGAGCAGACGCGGCGGAGAAGAAGGACGAGCCAGCGGAUGGUGCAGCGGAGGCGAAGAAGGAGGGGGAGGCGCCCGCUGCAGGGGCCAAGUAGAGAUGCGGAGGUGGAUACUGGUGACCUGAACUCUCAUCUUGUACAUCUUUGCUCCCGUUCUCCUUGCACCCUCAUCCUUCUCUUUCAG